UUCACCAGGUGCACUCGUCAUCCUCCCACGUCAACAGUAGUGUCCAGUGGUUGGAGCAGGGGGCUUCUGGGGGCCAGCCUCUCAACUCCUCCUCCUGCUCCUUCACCACCACCAAGUCCCCUCUACACCCCCACACCUCCUCCUCCUUCUCCUCUCUGACCAUCCCCAGGACCGGGCACCACUCCCCUGGGCACGACUGUCAGGACAGUCCCAGGCUCCAGGAGAGGCUGAGUCCCAGUGAUGACGGAUGUAGCAGUAGUUUUCUCACCCUCAUCUCUGCACCAGGGGAUGGGUACCCACACUCUGCCCAGGCCUACGGUCACUCCUUGGGCUUCUACAGCAACCCCUGGGGGUCAGGACAGGACUACAGCUCAGCCUCUCUCUACUCCUCCCCUGGGGCUGUCAUCUACCCUUCCUCCUACUGCUAUUCCCCCAAACUACUCAACUACAAGAUCAACCUCUCUCCUCCAGUCCCAGAGGCCCGUGAGUGUGUGAACUGUGGUGCGACCGCCACCCCUCUGUGGCGUCGUGACGGGACAGGACACUACCUCUGUAACGCCUGUGGCCUCUACCACAAGACGAACAGCCAGAACAGACCCCUCAUCAGACCCAAAAAGAGACCGAUCGUCAGUAAGCGUGCAUGGACAAACUGUGCCAACUGCCACACCAGUACCACCACUCUGUGGAGACGCAGCGCCAGCGGAGAGCCAGUCUGUAACGCCUGUGGACUCUACUACAAACUACACAACGUCAACAGACCUCUGACCAUGAAGAAGGAAGGCAUCCAGACCCGGAACCGUAAGGUCUCCAGGAAGAACAACAGGGCUAAGCAGAAGACAGGUGUGUUAGAGGCUGAGCUGGGUCUCUACUCUGACCCCUCCCUGUCCAUACUCCAGUCCUCUGACCCCUCUCUGUCCAGACUCCAGUCCUCUGACCCCUCCCUGUCCAUACUCCAGUCCUCUGACCCCUCUCUGUCCAGACUCCA